GCUUAUCAUCUUGCCUGAUCUGUUCAUUGGCAAGUGUUCAACCUCAUCAUUAGAUUCUUUUAAUCUUCCAAAAUAGAUUAUGGCAGAGGCUGUAGUGGAAGUCGCGAUUCAGAAUUUGAGCUCACUCAUUCAGAAUGAGCUGGGACUGUUUCUGGGGAUCAAUCAAGAGUCGAAACGCCUUUCCAGCAUACUCACCACAAUCAAGGCUGUGCUUGAAGAUGCUGAGGAGAAGCAACUCACAAACAAAGCUCUCAAGAAUUGGCUUCAGAAGCCAAAUGCAGCUUAUUUGCUUGAUGACAUCUUGGAUGAAUAUUCAACAGAAGCUCUUGGGUUGGAAUGCCAAGGACUUAAGGGUGGGUCACCAGACAAGGUACAAUGUUCUUGCUUAUCCUCUUUGCACCCCAAACAUAUUACUUCCCGUUACAAAAUGGCCAAGAAAAUGAGAGAGAUAAGAGUGAGGUUUGAUGAGCUUGCUGAGGAAAGACUAAAGUUUCAUUUGCGCGAGACAGUUACUGAAAGAAUUGAAGUCAUGGAAUGGCGCCAAACCACCUCAAUCGUUACCCAACCUCAAGUCUAUGGAAGAGAAGGAGAUAAGGAAAAAAUUGUAGACUUCUUGGUUGAUCAUGCUUCUAAUGUUGAGGAUGUAUCAGUCUACUCUAUUGUAGGUAUGGGUGGUCUAGGGAAGACUACGCUUGCCCAACUUGUCUUCAAUCAUGAGAGAGUGAUCGAUCAUUUUGAACUAAGAAUUUGGGUCUUCGUCUCGGAAGAUUUUAGACCGAAGAGAAUGACAAAGGCCAUUAUUGAAUCAGCAUCUGGGCAUGCUUGUGAGGAUAUAGACUUAGAGCCACUGCAACGAAGGCUUCAAGAUCUGCUUCGAAAAAAAAGAUACUUGCUUGUUUUAGAUGAUGUGUGGAACGAAGACCAAGAGAAGUGGUAUAAGUUGAAGUGUGUAUUGGCUUGUGGAUCAAAAGGUGCUUCAAUUUUGGUCACCACUCGUCUUACAAAUGCGGCGUCUAUCAUGGGAACGACGCCUCCUCAUCCAUUAUCAAUGUUGUCUGAAGAUGAUUGUUGGGAAUUGUUUAAGCAUCGAGCUUUUGGACCAGACAGAGGGGAACGUCCGGAGCUUGUGGCCAUAGGGAAGGAGAUAAGCAAGAAAUCUAAGGGAGUGCCUCUUGCUGCUCAAGCACUUGGUAGCCUUUUGCGCUUUAAAAGUGUGGAAAAGGAUUGGCUCUAUGUCAAGGAGAGCAAGAUCUGGAGUUUACCACAAGACGAGAAUUCUAUAUUGCCUGCCUUGAAAGUAAGUUAUUUGAAUUUACCAGUAAAUUUGAGACAAUGCAUUGCCUUCUGCGCAGUAUUCCCUAAAAAUGAAGAAAUAAGCAAGCAGUUUGUAAUUCAUCUUUGGAUGGCUAAUGGCUUCAUUUCAUCCAAUGGAAGUUUGGAAGUGGAACAUAUUGGAGAUGAAGUGUGGAACGAAUUACAUUGCAAAUCAUUUUUCCAAGAUAUUAGAAUAGAUGAAUUUGGCAACAUUACAAGCUUCAAAAUGCAUGAUUUGGUUCACGAUCUUACUCAGUCUGUAAUGGGGGAAGUGUGCAGCUCUAUUACAUCUAACAAUGCAACAACUAAUCUGUCUGAGAAAACUCGACAUCUCUCGCGUUAUGUUGGUGUACCGUCUGAUGGGAAGCCUUCAUUGAAUUUACACCAGCUCAAAUCCUUGAAGACCUAUAUAACGCCUAUCUAUUAUAGUGAUUACUCUCCUCCUGAUGCAUUGCUGAAAUGUUAUUCUUUGCGGGUACUUGACAUCAUGCAUCUGAAAGAGGUGCCACCCUCAAUUGGCCGUUUGAAGCAUCUAAGGUAUUUAAACCUGUCUAAUGGUGCCUUUGAAACGCUCCCAGAUUCCAUUUGUGCGUUGUGGAAUUUGCAGAUUUUGAGAUUGGACAAUUGUCAUUAUCUUCGAAAUUUACCUGAUCAUCUAAAAUGCUUAAAAGCCCUCCGACAUCUAUAUUUGGAAGGGUGUAUGUUUUUAUCCAGCUUGGCCCCUGAGAUGGGUCAGUUAACUUCCUUGAGGACCUUAAACAUAUAUAUUGUUGGCAAGGAAAAAGGAUUCCUAUUGGCAGAGUUAGGAAGCUUGAAGCUUGAAGGAAAGCUUGACAUCAGGCACUUGGAGAGGGUAUCAACUAUAAUGGAGGCCAAGGAAGCCAAUUUGGCGGACAAGCACCUUAACAAUUUGGUCUUGUCAUGGGAAAGAAAUGAGGAAUCAGAACUGCAGGAAGAUGUGGAGCAGAUUCUUGAAAUGCUUCAACCUCAUACACAGCUUAAGACCUUGGAAGUGGAAGCAUACAUGGGAGUUAACUUCCCACAAUGGAUGGGUAGCCCUACCCUCAAAGAUUUAUAUCUUAUAGAACUUGUUGAUUGCAAGAACUGUUUACACCUUACACUGUUGGGGAAACUGCCAUCUUUGAAGAGACUAGAUAUAUAUAACAUGCUUCAUGUGCAAUACAUUGAUGAUGAAUGUUAUGAUGGUGAAGUUCCAAGAGGUUUUAAAGCUCUAGAAAUUUUGAAGAUCAAUAAGCUACCAAACCUCGUCAAACUAUUGAAGGAUGGAGAAAACAUGUUUCCUCAUCUUUCCAUGAUAGAAAUUGCUCAAUGUCCAAAGCUGGAAUUGCCCUACCUUUCCUCUAUGAUUGAACUAAAAAUACUAGAGAAAUGCAGCGAAUCACUGCUGGGUUCAAUUCAUAAUCUUCACAGUCUACAAUCCCUUUGGUUUCGUUACAAUGAGGAAUUGACUUCCUUUCCAGAUGGGAUGGUUCAAGGCCUCACUUGCCUUAAGGAGCUCCACAUUUGCGACUAUACCAAGCUCCAUGUACUUCCAACUGGACUUAUUAACUCCAAUGCUCUUGAAGAAUUGCAUAUUGAACUAUGUCAAAGCCUUGAACCACUGACAGAGCAAGUGUUGCAGCAGCUGAAAUCUCUGAAAAGAUUAAAAAUUGGCUGGUACCCAAAAUUCAAAUUUUCUGCAGGUUUUCAAUACCUCAUUUCCCUGGAAGAUUUGAUGAUUGGAAGUUGCCCGGAGGUGGAAGAUUUCCAUGAGGCUUUACAGCAUAUCACCACUCUGCAAUCCUUGUCUUUAUUUGAUCUUCCUAAUCUAGCAUCUUUGCCUGAUUGGUUGGGAAGCUUUAGGCUGCUCAAGUCAUUGUUUAUUUCAGAAUGCCCCAAGAUAAUAUCACUCCCAGUGAGCAUUGAAAGCCUUGGCAAUUUGAAAACUUUGCACAUCCACGUUUGCCCUGAGUUACAAAGGAGAUGUGAGAAGGAAACAGGAGAUGAUUGGCACAAGAUAGCUCACGUUCCAAGUAUUUAUAUUGGAACCCAGUCAUCUUUACCUGACGGAUAUUUUGGUCCACGCUGGUUCACCACCGAUCUGCUGUUUGAUUGACGUCCAUUUGCUUUUUCACCUUGAAGCUCUUUAUGUUGUCUGUUUUUGGUAAUGUGGUUAGAUGACCCAAUCAAGAUUUCCCCCUUACAUGACUCAUUCUGUCCUGUUACUGACAUUUAAAAGGUUUCUGUAGUUUACCGUUUCCUUCUUGCAUGGCUUGAUAUUAAGCCACUUGUAUUCGCCUGUAAAUCAAGACAACAAUUUGCCUUCUCCGUACUACUAGAAAAGAAGUUUCCAAUCCAAAAUUUUGAUGGUUUAUUACAACAUUUCAU